AUGUUACUGUGUCCCUGAUGGAGGGGCAGCCAUGAUGGGUUUGUACAAUGACUUGGACUAUUCAUACAAUUUAGUAUUCUUUAUUCUUUUUUUUUUGACUAGCGAGCUGUCUUGGGCACAGCUACAGCAACAUGUCCCACAGGAACCUAUUACCAUCUUCUACAUAUGCAAGAGUUUCAAUAGGCCGUCUAUCAUCCUCACAGAGGGACACGCAGCUUUUUCUACAACUUUAACAGCUUGUCAUAAAAGGCGCACCGGGGAUUUCAAUUACACAGGUCAUCAGAGAGUGAAAAAACUGUAUUUGGGUCACACAAAUUUUAUUUCAACAUAUAUGUUUUGGCAAAGACUCUGAAAAACCUAGCUGUAACUCAAAGAAACAUAAAACCAGCUGAAGUUUGCCUAGCUAAGGAGGAACAUGGUACACAAAUGGGGCAGAUUGGACAAAGAAAAGCCUUUGCAGGAUUAGAUACUAUGUUUAAAAAGUAGGUUUGCCUGUGGAGUCCUACCUUCAGAGGUUUAUUUAGGCCUAGCAGUGUGGACCCCAACCCAUAAUCCUCCUGCAGACACACCUGCAGAGGAGAGUAUAAAGACCCUGCACUGAACUGAGUCACACAUCAAGCUUCAAGGAGUUUCUCCACAGCAGCUCUUGACAGAAGCUCCAGUCUCCAGACCGAUCUUGAAGAUGACUCCCUCUGCCAGCCUGCUGCUGCUGCUGCUGCUUGGCCUCUCUCAGGCUUUUCCUGUGGAGGAGGAAGGAAGCUCAGAAGAAGAAGAAGGAGAAGAAGAAGACACUAUUGACAUGACCACCAGGAUUCUGAGCACCAACAACGGCUCCAAUGAGAACCUGCUGGAAGGAGACUUGCUGGCUCCCAUAACCAGAAACGCCAUGAGGUGCUUUUCCCAGAGCUGCUUGUGGAAGAAAGCCAGUGGUGUGGUGACGGUCCCCUAUGUCAUAAGCUACCACUUCAGUCAGUCUCAGAAGAACAUGAUCGCAAGAGCCAUGAAGGCGAUGGAGAGAAGGACCUGCAUCCGCUUCAAGGAGCGUUCCAGAGAGUACGACUUCAUCAGCAUCGAGAACAGACAGGGAUGUUUCUCCGCUCUGGGCAGAACCGGAGGCAGACAGGUGCUGUCCCUCAGCAAACAGGGCUGCCUCCACCACGGCAUCGUCAUUCACGAGCUCAACCACGCUCUAGGCUUCCAGCACGAGCAGACCAGGAGCGACCGUGACUCCUAUGUCAGGAUCAACUGGCAGUACAUCAAACCAUCAACUGCCUACAACUUCCACAAACAGAACACCAACAACCUGAACACUCCUUACGACUACUCCUCCAUCAUGCACUACGGAAGAACAGCCUUCAGUAUGAAUGGGAGGGAGACCAUCACCCCAAUCCCCAACGGCAAUGUGCAGCUCGGCCAGACGUAGGGCCUAUCCUCUGGGGACAUCAAGAGACUCAACCUGCUCUACAGAUGUGACAUUCUUUUUAACUUAUAGGAAAUAAGUAUUUGUUGUUCAAAUAUACAGCAGCUCUACAACAGAAACAAUCAAGUACGACUAUACUGGAAAUGAAUCUCGGUGGAUGAGAGUGAGGUGAUAGAUCAGAAAUCACAAGUUAGUAACGAGUCAUAUAUCUGUGAUGCAAAGAGUAAAUGAGGGUGCUGAUAUUGGUUUGUAGACUGCUGUUCUACAAAACUGGCAGAUAUUUUGAGGGACAGGAUCACGUGAUCAGACACCUCAGUCCAGAGCAUCACGUGGCAGACUGUCAUGCUAUGUUGUCUAUAAUAAUUUAUUUCCCAACAAAUGGUGGAGCUGUGGACAUUCAAAUGCCUGUCUCUGGCCCCAACUGACAUAGCAGCACCCAGCAGCCAACAGCCACUUCUUGUCUUUCUUUUGUUGUUUGUGACAUUGUGUCACUUUUACUGCUCAUUGGUCAAAGGAGUGUCUGUGCAAUUGUCUGAUUGUCCUGUGAAGUCCCUCAUGAUAAGGGUGUGAAUUAAUUCCAUGGCUGAAAACUGUCACCAGUUAAACUCCUCAAAAACAUCUGGUGCAGAGUUGGCUAAAUCAAACCCUUUCCUCACGAGAACAAUAGAAAUGAGAUUUUGAAUUUUUCCUCUCAUUCAGAAUAGGACACCAUUUAUAUUUUAGUUCACAGCACUUUGAAUGGUUCCCUGGUGACUGAAUGUUGUGUUUUCCUUUAUAGAAAUAAAGACAUUUCCGCGAUAAACCGAGUCAUAGAUCGGUACAUAAAAUUCACCAGAAUGUUCAGGAAAUGAAGGAAGUGAUGCUCAAAAUUUCCUGGGGGACACCCAGACCCCCCAUUUUACAUGCCCCCCAGUGUUCAAACAAAAUCUAUGCCCACUGACACAUGGAGAAAACAAGAUAAGCACUCAGAGAGCGCAGUACUCCGCCAAGGCUGCUCCGUCAUGAUUUCCAACAGAUGAAAUCUUAAAAACAUUUGUGGUCAGAGCAGUCAAUUUGUAGUAGGAUCGCAAUCAUGUGAUCGUCAGCAGGCAGCUGACGUAGUGUUCACUUGUUGUCAUAGUUACAGUGAAGCUGUGCCGUUAUCUCGCAAUGACAGAAAUCUUUAACAAAUCCGUGGAUCCAGACUAUAAGCCACAUCACUGCCAAAAUGUAAUGACAUGGUCCUUGUGUCAUUUCUGACCUUCCCUGAAAAUUUAAUCAAAAUACGAGUGUAUUUUUGAGUAAUGUUGCUAACAGACAGACAAACAGACAAACGAAUGCCAAUCGUCACAUAACACUGCCACGUUCCCUGGCAGACUAAUAAUAAGAUAAACUGCUAAAAAUAAUAGAUAAAUAAAAAUGAUGAAGACCUAAAUACUGACAGUUAAGUAACACAAAACAUACUCUAACACUGGAUAGACCUUUACAUCAGAAAUAAUGGAAUAAUUUCCAAUCUAUUAUAUUCAACUGCACACAUUUGGAACAUUUGAAACAUGAUGAGUGGUAGUCAUUCUUGGGUAGGUACAUCAGGGCUACCAGAGGGACAGAAUAAGCUGUAUAUCUACAGCUGAAAAUGCCCUAAAUAAAAUCAAAUUUACUGUAAUUUACUGUUUGAAAGCUAUUUGUUAAAAAAUAACAGAAACAUAUGCAUUUACAGCAGAGUUACAGGCAAGCUGGGGACAUGCAUCACACAAUGUUCUGCUAUUUCUGUUGGGUUUGUCAACAAUAACCAUAAAGAUAUAUAUUUUUUGCUAGCCUUAAUAUUUCAAAUGAAACAAUAUAAAUCCUAAUGUCAUUCAUGGACAAGUAAAAUUUUCUAAUACAGACAUGUUUUCAUACAAUUGCUUUAAAUAAUGACACAAAAGAAUGGGCACAUUGCACACAUCCUGAAGAUCAAUGAAUCUUGCCUGUUGCCAAGAGCAAAAGCAACAGACAAAAAUAAACACUUCAGAUUUAAAUAUGGCAGUGAAGAACAAAACUGCCUCUAAUUGUUCCGGUUGUUUCGGGGAGGGCAGUAUGAGGUCUGUUGUUUUGUACAGACCUUUACUAUGUGAGUCACUACAUACUUUGUGUCUUUUAGACCUGACACUCUGUGGUAACAUUUCAGGGAUAAAAAUCUCUAAUAUUCAGCUGAUGUCUCCUGCAAAAAAUCAAAAGCAAACACAGACAAAAGGCCAGUCUAACGUCACUGCGUUGGUCUCAUGAAAUCUUUUGCAUCUCCUCUGUCAAUCAGAGCUGUUGGCUGUUCGUAGCCCGGGGCUCUUCUGGAUGCAGGGCUUUGAUGUUGGCCUGCUCUGGGACAACACUGUCGCCCUGCAGCCUCUGGGCAGCAGCACUGCUAGAACACACUGCGCCUGUGAUUUACCUGCACCCAGACUCCCUGAAGGACUGUUCAAAUCAUAGGGAGAGGUAGGGGGACGUGGGGUGUCCACAUGGUCAAAAUCAAGCUUAUUACUACACACAACCGGUGACUGCUGAGUGCAGAUAAAAGAACUGUGAUAAAUCAAACAUUUUGAACAGGACUCACUAUGACAAAUGACAGAUAAACUGAAACAACUGCAGCUGCAAAACUGUAGCCAGCGCAACGGCUUAGUUUACAAAAUGAGAACUCUACAGAGCAAUCUUUUAAAGGAAGACUUAGCCAUUUUAAGAAAUAUUUGCUGUCAUCUCAAUGACUACUUUAGUGUCUAAUCAUGAGGAGACAUUAGCGUGGUUUAGCAUCAGCACUGGAAACAAGUGGAAACAGCUGGGCUAGCUUUGCCUGAAGGUAGCAACUCAAAUAACUCAAUCCUGAAACUUGCCAUUCAUUAUUUAAAGGUCUAUUUUUUGGGCCGAGUAAUUUAGUGGUAACAACAAGUCCAAGGAUUUUAAACCUUAGCUUUCACUUUGACUUUGUGAACUAUGGGUAGAGCUAAGCUAUCUGUUUCUGCCUAUAUGCUAAGCUAAGCAGCUACCACCAGUGCUUUCACCCGUCUCCCAAAAAUUCCUAUACAACUAAACUGCGUGUACAAAUUUGUUUUGAGGGAUAAAAAAUUCUGCCUAAUUAUGUUGUUGCUUGUUACAUAUCACUAGUGUGUUUCCAACUGCUGCUCCUUUUCAGCCAACCAAUCUGACUGGGAGGACUUGUCACCCUGGGAAACCAGAAAACUCAAUGAAAUUUUGUGAGACAGGGUUGAGUGGCUUCAGACUGUACUCAGAUUAUCAGGGAUGGUAGAAGGGAGAGACUUGCCACUAUGAAGAAUCCUGAAGAGAAAUCUAUAGGAGAAAUCUGUAAUAUCAAAAAUGGCGGUAUAAUGACACCCACAGUCUGCUCUGUAACAACAAAACUGGAAAACAUUAGGGCCAAUCGUGUUGUUGCACUGACUCAAACAUGUAGUUGUAAAAGUGUGCACACACAUGUUAGAAGUGAAAUCUGUGAAGAAAUAUUUUUUUUUAAACUUAUUCUUGGACAAAAUCCUCAAACUUUUGAAGUAUUUUUAUUUUUAGUCAGGUUGGGUGAUUGUCACAUGGGAAGUUGUGUACACCAAAUGCUUGGCAUUCGAAUAGUAACAUCAGCCUUGCUUCAGGCCAGCAAAGACAGAUAAGCAGCUUUGUGUGAUUGCACUCUUCAUCUCUAUUGUCCCCGAGAUUCAGGGAAAAAGUGACCCAAAGCUACAAUUAUGGACUUAAUAUAAAAGACACAUGUAUUCACCUGGUUUGUAGUCCACUGUUUUGAAGCCUCAAGUUUGGCAUUUGACAUAAGAAGUGAGCUUUGGAUCCAACUGAGAACUUGAGGGUUUACACACACCUGUAUGUAUAGUGGUGACCUGUGUAGCAAUCAAUAACAGCCAAUACAAUAAAACCUGCAAACAGCAGAACAAUUUUGGCCAUUUUUAAUAUAAUAAAGCCAGUAACGUAAUAACUUGCCGGUGAUAUAAUAAAGUUGUUGAGCCAAGAAAGUAAUAACAUUUUAGUAUGUUAUUACCUUAUUAGCUGGUUACUAUGUUAAUGGCCUACCAUUAAAAUCUUUGAAAAUGUACUUGUAACUUAAAUUAAUAAUUAACUAAUAACUAAAAUGUAAUUUCUUUUCUUAAAUAUAAGAAAAGCACUUGUAGAGAGCCUAGAACUGGACAAAUAACAUGACUGUUCCAUUAGUAUUAUAAAGCUCUACAAGGCUGCUGGACCAACAGUGGUCUAAGUUUACACAUAAAACAGUUAUUUGACGAGGACAGCUGAUGGAUGAAAGCCUGGAUUCUUCUCAGGAAAGCAGGUUUUGGGCAGUGCAAAGUUAAGGACAUGGGGGGUUCUGUAAAGCGUCUUGAGACAAUUUGACCUGUAAUUGGCACUAUAUCAAUAAAAUUGAUUUGAAUUUAAUUGAAAAUACUGGAAGUAGUAAUGUCAAUUUUAUGUUGAUGUUUUCUACUUAGUUCAAUAUGUACAUAAUACUCUUCAGUUUUUUGGAGUGAGUGCCAUCAUAGAGCCAGUCCAGUUAUUUAAAUACAGUUUUAAGUGAGGACUGAAUCAUUUUCCCUUGAAGAAAUGUUUGAAAAAAGUUUUAAUGAAAUGUGGUAAAUGAAUUUGACAAUGCAACAUCCAACAGAGACACUGACAUGGAAUUAUGAAUUUACAUAUCUAAGCACAAAAAAACCCAACUUUCUAAGUAAAGAUUUUGUACAACAAAUAAUUUUCAAUUGACUCUUACAGCCAUAAUUAAGGAGAGUGAGAGCUACAUGGGACGUAUCCUUGAUGAAUGAAUAUGACAAUUAUGCCAUCCACUAGACCUAUUUUUAAUGAGCAAACUGCACAAAAACUGCAAAAAAAUAUUUUAUUUCCAAGAAAUGCAGUCUGAUUUAUGUAUAAUUACAUUAUUGGCUUCAGUUAUUUCAUUUUCAAAGGAUUCCUGAAAAGAUUUUUUAAUGUUAGGCCAUUACAGUAAUAACCAACCAAAAAUGUAAUAACAUAUUACAUUAUUGGAAAGUUAUUACGUUAUUGGCUGUUAUUACGUUACUGGUUGCUACAGACCUGUCACUCACUUUAUUAUCUAUUUUCUUGCAAAUGGGACCCUCAUUUACAGAAUGAACAUCAUGCUGUAUUGAAGGAGACUUGAAACUAGCAAAUGAGACCACAAACCUAUUAGGAAAAUGUUUACUGAGGCAACAGAUCAAGUGAGAAGUAGAUUCAUUUUCUCAUAGACAUUAAUAGAAUCAAGCUUCAUUUUGCAACCAGAGGAGUUUCCCCACUGCUUACUGUGAGAAAGAAAGUAGAUUUAAAGCUCUUCCACAUGACGUCACAUUUCAGCCCUGGAGGCUACAUCCAUCUCUCAUAUACAGUUUAUGGCCCCAGUAUUAAUGGGAAACACACCAGGUCACAUCAACCAUACCUGCAUUGUAUAUUUCCUGACCUGUCUAAACAUUUCUUAAAACUUGUUUAAGAGGUGCUUUGUCCAACUUUCGAAAUCAUUUGCCCCAAUAAUCUCAAGGAAACCUUCCGGCUGCUCUGCAGUUUGCUUGCUGGCAAUGUUUGAAUGUUAGGAACCAUCUCAAUCCUGUGUUGCCCAUCAGAUCCCACCAUCCCCUCCACACACAGUCCACGCUGAAUGUAGUUAUUAUUAAGUUAAUUAAAGCAUUAUAAUGGACAUUCACAGGCUCUACAGCGCUUCUCGAUCAGCGCCCCUCCCUGCACACACACUCAGACACAGAUGAAUGUUCUCCAGUCCUAUAUUGAGUUAUAACAAGUCUUUGGAGACCCAUCGGCCACUGUUUUUGUGGCUCAUCAUAAUGCAUGUGCCACAUCACAUUAGUCCCCACAUGUGAACCGUGAUUUUACUUGGUAAUUUUGAAGUGUCUCACUGCCUAUACAUAUUCAUGCUGAGCCUAUAAGUGUCAAAUUGAGAUGUCCUUUCGGUGUCCUUGACAGCAGGUUAUUAAUAUUGAAUACCUAAGUCAACAUUAUAACUAGAUGAAGAGAUAUACAGGUCAUUGCCUGCCACAUUCGUCACACACUAUUCUUGAAACAAUUGGACAAAUCAUCAAAUUAUUGCAUAUAUUGUGUUGGAUAUUAUAUACCCACUGCACUGAGCAGUUAUUUCUCUACAGGGAGUGUUACUUAAAGAAUUUAUCAAACUGUUUGGUGUUAAACACAUCAAUUACACUCACAAUUCUGACAUCUAAGUAUCUAAUCAGGUCAUCAAAUACAUUUGUACAACAUUUGAUUGUAUUUCAUCAGUGCAUUUUCUUCUUAUUUUACUCAUCUCGCAUUUAAAAAGCUACUGCCCACACUCCGACUUAAAAAGCCACAAAUCCCAGGGUAUUACUCUGAACAGCAACAUCUUAACCAUUCCAGUUUUCCAAUCCCUAAAUUAGUGCGGCUGCUGUUGCUCGUGGCUGGUUUUUGAAAAUCCUCCUCCUGAGCGGUGUGCAGCCCGGUACCAGAGGUUCGCCUGGCUGCUGUGCUUGAUAGGAUGCUGGCUGCAGGCAUCUCGUCACGGCAGCUGAGAGGAGGUCGCUCAGGUCCUCCUGCUAGUGGCGACGCCCAAGGGCCAUCAACACAGCGGGGAGCCCGGGUGCUGGUGAGGUCUCGCACAGCCUCGCUUCACUUCAUGAAAGCCUAAUGAAGAGAGGGGGCUCAGAAACAGUGCUGCUAAGACGCCCACAAUCCUGCAGCAUGGGAGCAGGGAGAGGAUGGAUACUGUGUGCAGGAGGAUUCAAAGAGACGGAGAUGAGACAGUAAGGCAGAUAAAAAAAAAAAUGCUACAGUG